AUGUUUAAUUUAAAUCAGAUCGUAAUUACAAUAGUCGUUAUUUUUAGUUUAUGUUUUUGGGAAUCACACUUAUCACUUAUUUGCAGGGAGCGAAAUUUCUUUUUACGAGAAGAUGGUGGAUUAUGUUUCGAAAUUCCACCGUGGCAGCAUACACCUGUUGAAAUGGAUCGUCACAUUGAAAAAGUAAAAGCGACUUGGGGAAAUUCAUCAAUUCCCAUAGAAAUGCUAAGACUUAAUUUGGGCACCGCUAACAGCAAAAUAAGCCAGUAUGUGGACACAGUUAUCGGUCCCUUUUUGGACACAUAUCACAGAAACAUCCAAACUUCAUACCAGCAGUUAACUAACAAGAUUCUUCGGAAAACAAAAGAUGAAGUCAAUGCCGCAUUACGCAAAAAGCAAAAGGUUUAUAAAGAUUUGAUUCAAUUAGCAGAUCAUUUAGCCGUUCCAGAAAUGUGUGAUGAAGAACGGCGCUAUGCGCGUACCAUCGCUAGCAGGCACAUUGCCCACGUCUACAAAUGUACCGAGGAAGCGAGGAAUUCAAUUUCUAAAAUGGGAAAAUAUGCUGAAGAAAUGAUAGGCAUUACACGUAAUCAUAUGCAAAUGGCGAUGGAAAACGCUACAAGAAGAAUCGCUUUAAAAGAACAAUAUGGAAUUGAAAUAGAAAAAACAAAUGAAAGCGCUUGCCUCAAAGAUCUGUCUAAAGCGGCGGUCUCCCUUGGGUACGAGUUGGAUCUAAGUUUAACAAACGCUCGUCGUCACAACGAACAAUCUUGUGAGAAACUUUUUGUUUGCUGUACAAGAGCUCGAAAGACCACUGAUGAAUCCGUGGCCGCUUUGAGAGAGAAUCUGUAUCAGUGUGUAUAUGCCUAA